GCUUUACCCUUUCCUCUUGUUUAUCCUUUAAGUAAACUUCUCUAGCACUUUCCCCUCGAAUAUAUAUACCCCUUCUCGGCCUCAUAAAUUUUUCAUCUCAAAUUCAAUUUCUUUAUGCUUCUUACCCACAAUUUAUCAUGAGCAAUAUUCCAACUUGUUUGACAAACUCUUCUUUCACAAUCUUCAAACUAGCCAUCUCUUCUUCCGAUCCUUGGCCUUUCUCUAUUGCUCUUAUUUUCUUGUAAUCUUAGGUCAAAAACACUCACACAACUAGGGUUUUCGGUUGCACAAGUGUUAAGUUACCAAUUCUCUCGAAAACGUAUGGGUAGUGGAGAUUUCAAGAAUCUUUUGAAUUUUCAUCUUCAUAUUCAUCACCAUCACCACCACCAUAACCAUCACAACAACCACAAGAAAGAGAUGAAGGAGAUUCCAAAAGGGUGUCUAGCUGUUAUGGUGGGACAAGGGGAGGAGCAGCAGAAGUUCAUAAUCCCCGUGAUUUAUAUCAACCAUCCUUUGUUCAUGCAGCUGUUGAAAGAAGCCGAGGAAGAGUACGGAUUUGAUCACCAUGGGCCUAUUAAUAUUCCUUGUCAUGUAGAGGAGUUUCGCAAUGUUCAAGUUAUGAUUGACCAGGAGAAUUCGCAUCAUCAUGGCCAUGCUCAUCACCAUCACAACCACCAUGUUUGGUGCUUCAAGGCUUGAGAGACUUUCAGAUUUAAUCAUGUAAAAACAAGUUCUUGUUUUUUUAGUUUUUUUUUUUUUUUCUGGUAUUUGUUACUUUCGGGAAUGAUAUCUUAUUACGGUGGCAUAAUAUGUUGGCCAAGUCUGAUUCCCCCAUUCUUGUAAUGAAAUAUCUUGGUUGUGAAUUUGCAUACCAAAAUAAAUUUAAGAAAAAUAAUCAAUUUUGACGUAAA